GCCAAAGUACCGCAUUCUCAGUCCUGGAAUUGAAAUAGUAUCUAGAGCCUUUCUCUCCAGCUACAGGCUCCAUCUCCCAGGAGCAAGGGGGAGAUCGGCGAGUGGGUCCACGCAGACAGCGUCCCUCCAGAGCCCUGGAGAAGGGGAACCCUGCUCUCCACAGGGAAACUGCUCAGGGACGAGCCGGCAGAGCUCCAGCCGCAGAGCUCAAAGCGAGGGUGUAUCCCGCGCUGCUGGAGCCCGGCUACCCAGGCGCUGGUGCGCCCAGCCACAUGAAGCCUGCUGGGGCGAGGCGGCCAGGGUGCAGCGAGCCCGCAGGCGCAGCGGCGGACGCCGUCUCGGGGAGGCACUGACUCCCAAGGGGACCCUCUUCCUUGCGCCUGGGCCAAACUUUUUCUCCUGGGGUCAUCCUGAAUAACCAGGAUGGUGUUCCUCAAGUUCCUCUGGAUGGGUUUCUUCUGCCACCUGUGUCAGGGCUACUUCGAGGGCCCCCUCUACCCGGAGAUGUCCAAUGGGACUCUGCACCACUACUUCGUGCCCGAUGGGGACUAUGAGGAGAACGAUGACCCUGAGAAGUGCCAACUGCUCUUCAGGGUGAGUGACCACCGGCGCUGCUCCCAGGGGGAGGGGAGCCAGGCCAGCACCGUGCUGAGCCUCACCCUGCGGGAGGAGUUCACAGUGCUAGGCCGCCAGGUGGAGGACGCUGGGCGAGUCCUGGAAGGCAUCAGUAAGAGCAUCACCUACGACCUGGACGGGGAAGAGAGCUAUGGCAAGUACUUGCGGCGGGAGUCCCACCAGAUCGGGGAUGCUUACUCCAACUCCGACAAGUCCCUCACGGAGCUGGAAAGCAAGUUCAAGCAGGGCCAGGAACAGGAUAGCCGGCAGGACGGCAGGCUCAAUGAAGACUUCCAGGGGUUGCUGUUCCACACCAAGUCCCUGCUGCAAGAAACGCUGGACAUCUCUGUGGGGCUCAGGGACAAAUAUGAACUGCUGGCCCUCACCAUCAGGAGCCACGGGACCCGGCUAGGUCGGCUGAAAAACGAUUAUCUCAAAGUGUAGGUGGAAGGGCAGCUGCCAGGGAGAGGAAAUCAAACCAGCCCUGUUGUGGAGAGUGGCUGUGGAAGAGGGACAUAACGUUUUCUUUACACUUAGUAUUUUCUACAGUCCAGAUUUGCACUUUGAGAGUGAAUCUGAGGUCAUCUUUAAAAAAAAAAAAAAAAAGAAAAAAUGACAGUUGAGUGGUGGGGUUUUUGUUUUUGUUUCUGUACAUUAUUUAUGUGAUUGCAAUUGAUUUAACACCUGAAAAAAAAAAAUGUAAAGCAAUGCCUCCUGCCUUUCAAAGAGGGCUGUAUAACUCUGCAGGGGCACCUGUUUCAGUCACAUCUAAAAGGACACCAUGUACAUGUAUGAAUUAAUUAAACUCCCCAUCCCCAUCCUGGAGAUUAUGUGGAAAGUGCCUCCAGCCUUCUCUCUUGAUGAGCAACGGAAGCUGUCAAAGCUGCCCCUGUUUUUUCAAAUAAGGUCCAAGGUGCUGCUCUGCAUGCCUGCCAAUGAUGAAAUUACUUGUUUCUUCUUCUCCUUUUCUCUCUUAUUUAUUAAUCGUGGUCUCUAAGUUGUAUUUUUGUAAGAGUACUGGCCAGAAACUGUAUGCAAAUCAUCCUUUGCGAGGAGAUCUCUGCGGUACCUCUGUGCAUGUGUAUAAAUUAAUGCAGGCAUAUUUAAGAAGUCUAAGCUCUGCAGUAGUUAAACACUCUCCUGUUAAUAUGCUGAUUUGCCGUGGGGCGUUUCUGUGCUUAUCUUUCAUUGUAUGUCUGUGCUUUGUCACCAGUGCCACAGUCAAUUACAAAGAAGUAGAUAGACUGUUUGAACACAUUCCCAAAUGCCUGUGAUUUAGGUUACCAAUGUAUUCUUUCUCUUUUGGGGGUUAUGCUUCUGUUUGCUUACUGGAAACUUGUACUGCAGAUAGGUGGAAUUCUGAGACCCUAAUAACUCCUUAGUUAAGUUUUAUUAUUCAGCUAAUAAAUAUGUUCUUAUAUAAUA